UUCUGCAUGAAGAUGGACCGAUCGGAGGUGCCCUCGACCCUCGCAAGGAAAUUGCCCAGUCAAUCCACUCUCCUUCGACACGAAUGCGGUAUUCACCUGUAACCGAGGAACUCAUGAACCUGGAUGUUAUUCCUGGGCUACACUACUAUGCGUAUGCAUCCGAAAUCCUUGGAACUAUGCACGGUGGUCACGAACUUUACCAUGCUCAGGCGUUUCUGCUAGCGAGCCUGUAUAUGAAUCAACUUGGUCGUGGCUUAGAGAGCUAUAGCUGGAUUAAUGCUGCAGCCUGGGUCAUUAGGUUCAACCUUAAAAUAAAUCACCUAUGUGUGAAGCCUGACCCUCCCGACCACUCUGAAUGGCGAGAUUAUGAUCGCCAAGAGCAUCCCGAUAAUCUACCACCUGGUGAGGUCGCCGAGUUUAAAAUCAAGAUGAAUCUCCUCAAGUUCGUAUAUUGGUCAGCAGUACAGCUUGAAAGUGAUAUCCUCGCAGAGUUGCCGCUACCAAUAAGUCAUAUAACACUUUGGGAAGAUCGAGUUGCCUAUCCGAAAUACAUUAAUGGUAGUCUCCCAGAUCUUAACGAAGUGCAAGAUCAACCAGUGUCUGGCGAAAUGGGACAAGUCGACAACCAGCAUGACAUUACCAUAGUGUUGUUUUUGGCACAGAUACAGUUCCGUAAGAUACUCAACCAGGUCCCCAUGUAUCUAUCCACCUUAUGGGACCAUCCACCAGACAGCUUCCCAGCUGGCGUCUACGAGCCUCCAUUCGGCAGAGAGGCGUCAACAGGCAUACCUUCGUUUCUUAAUUGGUUAUAUAAUUGGCGAAAUGUGAGCAAAGCGAUGGGCGUGGACUGGGAUGAUAAUGAUGAUCCUUCCCUAGAUCUGAAUAUUGCUAGGCUACGAGCGAAAUACUAUGGAGCAGAAACAAUCAUUACUCGACCAUACCUACACUACGUAUACCAUUGCCCGGGGGCCGACCAAGACGUACUUAAACGAGCAUGGACUUACAUCAGAUCUUCAAAAGAGAGCUUAACGGCUUCAAAGCUCCGGGAAGCGGAUUGGGGGAAUUCACUUGAAGAUCUUCUUGAGAGUGAUCCAACUCAGUCUCGGGAUGGCAUUAGUACCAAAGCAAUCAGGAGCAUGCUGCUUAGUCAUGCUUGUAUGUGGUCCUCGAUCCGGAGUACGAAAGCUUUUAACGGUAUUCGAACACGUCUAAAGGUAACGAAUAUUUUUGGCACAAUCCAUGCUCAAUUCGGAAAUUGCUUGGUUCUUGCACAGUGCUGCGAGUCUGUAUGGUUUAAAGACCUUGACGGGUUUGCCCCGAUCCACGAAGUCCCCAAACUCCUUGAAGAAACGAUGCACAAAUGCAAGACAUACUCAAACCUCGCACCAGCUCUUGGCAAGGAUUAUCAGGUUUUACACAAAGCUUUAUAUAGCAUCAGAGGAUUACAGAGAUAGCUAGUACAUUUUCCAAGACGCAUAUCAUGCGCCGUGGAAUAGCAUCAAAAUGGCAGUUUGCCUCCCAGAUCAGUCCGUGACCUGGUGUGGUAGAG